CUCACUACAAUCCUCAAGUCAGCUAAGAAAAUUGCCAUAAAUAUUAUUGGAAUCCUGCUAUCUGCACAAUCUGUCACUGAAGAGAAGUGAAACGUGGAUCUAUGCUGUGUGGUCGGGUUGUCUCGAUAUAUCUUUCUUGAAUCUUUCUCCAGUAACAUUCAUUGGAUAGUUUCACGCUUCCUGAGCUCUUCACCCUACCAGAGAAAAAGCACCCCUUUCACAGAAAUGUCUGGCAAAUAUGCCUCAGACCCAACAUGGGCCUCUAUUGAGCCCAUCCCACUCAAUGAUGGCUCGGAAACAGGGACCCUUCCACUGGCCACUAUUGCCUAUUCAGAUGAAUAUCUCGAGGCUACCUCGUACUUAAGAGCAGUGAUGGCUGCCAAUGAAAUGUCCGACAGAGCACUGAAACUCACCGACGAUGUAAUCGCUAUGAACCCGGCCCAUUAUACUGUUUGGAUUUACCGUGUUAAGAACCUUUUUGCGCUAAAAAAGGACCUCACUGAAGAAUUUGAAUGGCUGAAUAAAAUGUCUUUGAAGUACCUUAAGAACUACCAAAUAUGGCACCAUCGACAGGUCCUCAUGUCAUCCAGGGAAAACUUCCCGACACUCCCACCCAAGGAGCUGGAUUUCCUCAUGGAGAUGUUCAAGCAAGAUGCCAAAAACUACCAUGUCUGGACCUACCGCCACUGGCUCGUGCGGCACUUCAGACUGUGGGACGAGCCCCGAGAGAUCCAGGACGUUGAUUUACUCCUGUCGCAAGACGUGAGGAAUAACUCCGCCUGGAAUCAUCGUUUCAUGCUCCGUUUUGGUCCACGCAGUGAUGAGCCAGACGGCGGUAUGCCGAAUAGCACUGCUCCCCCGCCUGAGAAAGGCAGGCUAGCCGUGGUUGACGAGGACCUUGUUGAUGCUGAACUGGAGUACGCCAAGGCCAAGGUUAUUAAAGCCCCUGAAAAUCGCAGUCCGUGGGGAUAUGCCCGUGGCGUGCUUCGGGCGUCCGGCCGGCCGCUGUCGGAGUGGAAGGAUUUUGCGAAGAAGUUUGUCCAGGAAAAGGUCGAGGACGGCAAGGUGGUGGAUGUUGAGGUCAAGAGCAGUCAUGCUAUAGAAUGGUUGGCUGAUACAUACGGAGAAGAAGGCGAACAAACCACCGCCGAGGCAGUACGGAUGUUUACCUUGCUGAAGGAAAAGUACGAUCCUAUCCGGAAGAAUUACUGGGAUUAUCGGAUUCGUAUGAUUGCGCCUGCAACGUGGAGCCAAGAGAUUCCCACUUCGGCAUGAGGUGCCCGUGUAAAUAACAUCAACUUUUUAUUAUUCCAUUCCCUUUCUUACCUUUACUUCUUCAAUAAUAAAAAAUCCGUAUAUU